UAGCUGUGUCGCACUUAACCAUUAUAUUUGACACGUCGCGUCCCGUGUGUAUUUACUUCACACAAUAUGAAUUAUUUUUGUGAUACCUUUUAUUGAAUUUGUUGAUUUUGUUAGAUCGUUUGCAAAUAUUGAACGAGCAGCUAUAAUGUUCCCUGGCGACGACGACAGACUUCCCGUGACAAUCGUGUCGUCGGAAGUUUUUUAACCUACGUGUCAAUUGGGGUUAGAAUCGCGCAAAGCGGUCGUGCGAUGCGGUUGAUAAAAAUUAGCUAAGCAUGCCGAAAUUUCGAAUGCUGCCGCGAACAUCGCGGAUCGUGGCAUUGUGUUCUGCCGCGAAUUUUAUAAACGCUGCGGAUCGUGUUAUAAUGCCUAUAGCAAUCGUCCGUAUGACGGAUGAAUUCAAAUGGAAUUUACAUUGGCAAGGUUGGAUACUUUCCGCGUUUGCCGUUGGUUAUUUUACUAGUCAGAUUAUUGGUGCAAAUACUGCAAGCCGGUUUGGAUGCAAAACGGUACUAAUGUUAGCGGUGCUACUAUGGUCUAUUAGUACAGUCAUUACUCCAAUUUUGGCACAAUCAGUUCCAUUGCUCAUAAUUUGUAGGGUAGUUCUAGGACUGGGAGAAGGUCUAGGUCUGCCAGUUAUUUUUCACUUGUUUGCUCAUAAUGUUCCUGUAGAGGAACGUUCUCGUGCAUUCGGAUACCUUGUAGCUGCUGGUUCAGUUGGACAAGUAGUUGCAUCUAUUUUGUGUGCAAAUUUAGCAUGGCAAACAGGAUUUUACUUAUUUGGAUCUUUUGGUAUCAUAUGGGCGUUUUUAUGGCUAAUACUGUAUCAUGAAACUAAUUCCCAAGACGAGAUUCCAUUAUUUGUACCUAAGGUAACGCAAAAUAGAAGUUUGCGUUGGAUCGAAUUUAUUUCACAUUGGCCUUUAUGGGCACUGUACAUAGCACAUUUCGCAAUGAAUUGGAGUAACUACAUAAUAAUGCAAUGGUUGCCAACUUACUUGUCCAGAAAUCUGUCUGCUAAUAAAGAAAGUAUUAGCUUGACAGCGCUUCCCUACAUUGUAAAUUCUCUCGUUGGUAUCGUUGCUGGACACAGUGCCGACAAUCUCAUACAGAAAAGGUGGCCCAUCUUGUCCGUGAGAAGAUUAAUGACGAAUAUAGGCCUAGUCGGUCCCGGCGCAUUUUUAUUAGCAUUCUGCGCCGUGGACAACCUACUUGCUGCAGUGAUCUUCGUUUCGAUAUCCAUGGGACUUUGCGCGUGUAACUCUGCUGGCCAUCUUAGCAAUCACGCGGAUAUAGCACCAAAUCACGCGGGAAUUACUUUUGCGGUUUCCAAUACCAUCGCAACCAUACCAGGUAUCCUGUGCGGACCAUUGACGGCUGAAUUGGUCACUGCAUCGAGCGGUCGAUGGAUGCCCGUUUUCGUUUUGGCUGCGGCGAUCAAUUUCACGGGGGCCAUCAUAUAUCAGAGUCACAGUUCUGCGCUUCCAGUAUUGUGAUAUGUUCCGUCGGGAAGGACUGUUGCGAGUGACCAUCGUCAAACUCUGAAGAUUGAUACGACCAUUAAAGAACUUGCUGCGAAAAUAUACCUUCGAAUCGUGUUUGUCGUUCACGAUCUUUUUAAAAAAAAUUUUAAUCGGAACACCGGUAUAGCACAUUUGUACAUCACACGUCGGUUAUUCACAAACGUAUCAGAAUACGGAGUAUGUAUGCUGUGAGAAAAUUUCAUACUCUUGUUCAGUUUACAGUUGCAACGUCAGUGCGGAUCGUUGUUUUUACAAAUAGUGCCAUAGCUUUAUGCACACGGUGGAAUUGGUUGAUCGUGUUAAUUAUCGAAUGUAAAAUACAGCCUAAUUAAUUACGACUUUUUCAAAUAUUUUUUAACAAUGAUCGGGGAAGGAUUUUGUGAUACGUUCAGACAUAAUAUUAACAAAAACAAAUGAAAUAUUCAUUUGUCAUAUAGAGAAUGAAUGUAUAUUCUGUAUAACAUAAGACUGUAUAUAUACAUAGAAAUUUACCUGUCACAUAUACAUUUAAAUGUCUUUAAAGCACCGUCAACAUAAAGAUAUUAUUAAUGAUUAAGCAAACAAUGUAUUAGAAUAUAUGACAAAAAAUAUGUUUUCUAUAAUAUGUAAAUUACAUCUGUAAAAAGAAUAGUUAACCUUUAAUUUUA